AUGUUAAAAUUAAGCAUUAUCAACUUUGUUCCCAAUCCACCACUACCUCCACUACUACCAUCACUGAAUUCAACCACUGAAUUGACUUCACCUGUUCCCUCCUUGAAGAGAGAAAAAACAAUGUCCAAUCUGUCCAAUCUGUCCAAUCUGUCGUCCUCGUCCUCCUCCUCCACUACAACCAACAAGUCCUCGUCUCGUCCCACCAUGGUGACGUUCUCAACGGAUAUCACAAUGCCACCAACCACUCAAAACCAUUUCAUGUCGUCGUCCUCUUCGUCGUCCUUAUCCUCAACCUCACAACGUCGAUCGAAGAGUACUACUACGACUACAACCAGUAGUACUAACAAUUUAUUUGACGGUUCGAGUGAUCUUUCUCAUCUCUUUAACUUGAAAAGACCUUUCAAAAUUCGAAUUUCGAAGAAUUCGAAAGGUUCCAUAGGUCUCUCUCUCAGUGAACAACAAGCGCUUUUGCAUUAUGGGUUUAUGGUCAUGCAACCACCACCAUCUCAACCAUCAUCUCAACCAACUCCACCAAAACAACGACAUUCACAGAAUCCUACUACCACUUCCAAUUUGAAUGUUUCUUCAAGAACAACACUCAGAAAGAGCAAAAUACAAAAACCUAGUUCCAUUCAAUUACUUGGAAAAUCGAAAUCGAAAUGUACGAGAGCGACUGUUUCGUCCAUGUGUCCUCCCAACAUGAUGAUGAAGCAAUCACAACAACACACACAACAAUAUGUAUUCCAUCACUUGCAAAAUGUUGGUGUCGGGUCUCAACAUUGCCCAAAUCAAACAGUCACCAGUCACUUUCCAAAUAUAGUUUCGACAAAUACAAACAUGGAACUGUCCAACAAAAACGAACAAUUUAUCCCGAAUUUCUCUCAAUUCUGCGCCACAACUCCAACAAUGUCUCAGGAAGAAGAGACUCGUGUGGACAACAGCUCUCAUUGUCAUCCUUCCUCCUCUCAAGAACUCAGAGUGAAGACCUCAACAAUAAUUCCAAACAUCACCACCACAACAAGACCAACCAAGAAAGGAAGAACUUCCAUCUCAAUUCGUGAGUUAUUGAACUAA